CGCGGUGUAGGAGUCUGCAGCAUCCCUGCGCAGUGGCUCUUGUCCCUGCUGCUAGUCUUUCUGUCCCCUCUCAUCUCCUGCGCUCAUCUCUACGCGGAGCUGCCUCAGCCAGGCAGCUCUGCGCACUUUGCCCCUUGUUCACAGCGAAUAAAAGGUGCCUGAGUUAAUAUCGGGCACAGUCACCCCCUGCCAGCUCUACCCUUUAAAUUCCGAGCCCGGGGAGCUCCGCGCACAGCGGGUCGGGCCUGCACAGCCAUCCACGUACAACAGCAGAGAGGUGUUCCGAGCGCAGCUCCACCGAUCCUCCCGCACAAGCGGGUCCCUGAACCGAAGUCCACCCUCAGUCUCAGCGGUGCCAAAUUUGCUCCGCAUCCUCAGCCCUGGGAGCGUGAUCCCAGCACCCGAGAUCCAGAUGCCCGCCCACUUGCUGCAGGAGAUCUCUAGCUCCUAUACCACUACCACCACCAUCACAGCACCUCCCAAGGAGGAGAAGACACUUACAUACUCAGAAGAAGACAUCCGCCCUGAAAUAAAAGAUGACAUAUAUGACCCCAGCUACCAGGAUGCAGAGGGCCCCAGGCCCAAGCUUGAGUAUGUCUGGAGAAACAUCAUCCUCAUGAGUCUGCUGCACUUGGGAGCCCUGUAUGGGGUCACACUUGUUCCCACUUCCAAGUUCUACACUUGGCUCUGGGCCUACAUGUACUAUUUAAUCAGCGCCCUGGGCAUCACAGCAGGAGCUCAUCGCCUGUGGAGCCACCGAACUUACAAAGCGCGGCUGCCCCUGCGGCUCUUCCUGAUCAUCGCCAACACCAUGGCGUUCCAGAACGAUGUUUAUGAGUGGGCCCGAGAUCACCGUGCCCACCACAAGUUCUCAGAAACAGAUGCCGACCCUCACAAUUCACGCCGAGGCUUCUUCUUCUCUCACGUGGGUUGGCUGCUUGUGCGCAAACACCCAGCUGUCAAAGAGAAGGGCGGAACGCUGGACCUGUCUGACCUAAGAGCCGAGAAGCUGGUGAUGUUCCAGAGGAGGUACUACAAGCCGGCUGUCCUGAUGAUGUGCUUCAUCCUCCCCACAUUGGUGCCCUGGGUUUGUUGGGGUGAAACCUUUCUACAUAGCUUGUUUGUUGGUACUUUCCUACGGUACACCAUAGUGGUCAAUGCCACCUGGCUGGUGAACAGUGCUGCCCACCUCUAUGGAAAUCGUCCUUAUGACAAGAAUGUUAACUCUGGGGAGAAUGUCCUGGUUUCCCUGGGAGCUGUAGGUGAGGGCUUUCACAACUACCACCACUCCUUCCCCUAUGACUACUCUGCCAGUGAGUACCGCUGGCACAUCAACUUUACCACAUUCUUCAUUGACUGCAUGGCUGCCCUGGGUCUGGCUUAUGACCGGAAGAAAGUAUCUAAGGCUGCCAUCUUGGCCAGGGUUAAAAGAACUGGAGAUGGAAGCUACAAGAGUGCCUGAGUUUGGGGUUGUCCAGAUUUCAUUUCUAAAGCUACCUGGGCAGAGGUUUAAUGUUCUGUUAAUAACUACUGAGAAAUGUUACCAGAUGCUAAAGUUGAUGACCUUAACCCAUUCCAGUACAGUAUUCUUUUAAAAUGCAAAAGCUUUGAUAACUUUUUUAGGUGGUCCAUAUUUUAAUCAGUUAGAUUUAAACAUUCCUCAAUACACAUGCUUCCAAACAUGUUGUACACUAUAAAUACAUACAUUUUUACAUGUCAUUUUUAAAAAUAAUUAAUAAAUUCUAAAAAAAAAAAGUAUUUAAAGCAAACAACUCAACUAUUAUGAUAGUAUGUUGGUAAACUUAUUUCUGCUCUUUCUGUUGUUCUUUGCUUUGUUUCUAGCACCUUCCUUUCUCUUCUUUGUAGCCUCCUAAACAAACCACUGAUCAGCCAUUGGUCUGUGUCACUUUCCGAAGUCCAGACAUAUUUCAGGUGUCUAAACAUAAUGAUCAUUGCCCCAGAUAACUCUUUCCUGAAUCUGUCCUCAGACUCAAGGUAGGUAACUCAAGCUAGAGAUACAAUAAAACCUUCUGGAACAUCCUCUGCUAAUUAGCUUCAGUGUAGGCUUUGCUAGAUAGAAUAGAAAAGAGCUCGACUUGGAACACAACUGUAAAGCAGUUAGAUCUUCAGGAGAGAGAGAGAGCAUGGAGGGUAUGAUUGAUUUAUUAGGGAUGGUGUUGAUGGGAAAACCGGGAAGAGAAAGCUUUUGCAGGGAUCAGGUCCUACCUAGCACAGAUACUGAGCCCCUCCACACAGCAUUUGUCUUGUUUCUCCUGACUCAGUUAUGGAGUUUGGUGAUGAUAGAAAACAACAGCAAAUCAAUGACUAAGAAUAAAGAAGCAUUCAUGUAGUAGUAAAAGUGGUCUCUCCUGGAAAAGGACUUUAUUUUUUGUUAAUAACAAGAAGAUGUCUUACUUUAGAUACUUAGAUUUCAGGUUGGGUGUGUUCACUACAGAAUUAUAGCAGCUCAUACUUUUGCAGAUUCCAUGAGCUUUUUAAUCCAACUUUGAUCUUUCUUCUGCACUGUCUUUCAGAUAUUUGUUGCUCUUCUCAUAGCUGUAGGAAUUCUAUAUCUUUCCCAACACCCUAAAGUGAAAGGAUUUUUAAAGGUACAAUUGGGUCAAACAUAAAAAUAUGUAAACAUAAAAUCAUUAUUUGAAACAUGUAAAUAUUUCACUUAGAGUAUUACCUCUGAAAAAGAAACUUGAAGUAAAGAAAGAAUUUUCCGGGCUGUCUAUUCAUUCCACUGCUGGAUAAGAGAUGGAGAAGUUGAGGGGCAGCUCUUGUAGGCAGCUCUAAGAGAUCACUUCCCAAAGGAAGUGGAGUCAGGCGUUAUGUAGUAAGUUAUUAGGUAUCCUGAUGAAAUAAGUUUGAUAUUAACUUCAUUCAUUAGUCCCAGUUUUUCUUGGAACUGAAUAAAAACUAGACUUCCUCCCACAGUGUUGUGCCCCUUAGCUCCUCAUUCUGUGACCAUUCAGUCUAAAAUGCAGUACUGUCUGGGACGUAGGUAGGAAUGAAUCUCUUAACCACCCUGAUUCUGGAUUCCUGGCUCUACCCCAGCUGUCCACUUCCUCUUACCAGUACUCUCUGUUCCCUGGCAUUUUCUUUUCUCUAGACAGUCAGCCUCCUAUGUGUAUUCAGAGAGGACUUGCUGUCUAGGCAGCUUCCUCUCCUGCAGACACAAUGCUCAUUGUCAUCAGCUCUGUGUCUCUUCAGCAGGUAGAGCUGACUGCCACUUUCCUGUGGCCUCCAGAUCUUCGUCUCCACCCCUGUUAGAGUACUUCGCCCUAACUGCUCAAGGCAAGGCUGGCAGACACUUUAGAAACAUCCUUAUCUUGGAGAGGAUCCCUUUCAUGAGGCAUAGCCAAGGCAAGUGCUCACAUUUUUCUAUUGAGCUGGCCACAGCAAAAGAUGACUUGUCAGUCUUCUCUGGGUCAGAACAGAGAGUGUUCAGCAAAGCAACUUGGGCUAAUUGGUACAUGUGGCUAACAGUGCAAUACUUCACAAGGAGGAGGAGGAAACCUAGUCUUCUGGGAAGCACAAGAAGCAGGGGCAGUUCCCAAGUGCCUCACAUUGAAAGGAGUCCCUGAUGUGCAGCCAGGAUGUGCUGGAAAACUUGGGCUAAGAUGUGGGAUCUGAGAUGCCAGGAACUUUGCUGAACAUUGUCUAUGUUUUCAGAACCUGAGACCUCUCCUGUCCCUGGUCCUUAGUCAUCAGUGCAGAAGCCUGGCUCUGCUCUUUAGGAUUGGUAGUGUACAAUACCAAAUGCUGUCAACCGUUGAGGUCUAGUGGUGUGAGGGAACAGGGCCUUCCUUCCUAUGUUAGUUGUAUUGAGGCUACAGGGGCCAGACUGCACUAAGGCAGUCUUGUCUUUGAGCUGUGCAUUAAAGUAGAAAAGAACUUCAUGGAAGAUCACUAUAGAUAAGAUCUGCUGACCUGUGCGUAACCCUGGAAAUGCCUAUUGGAUGAUUUUAAUUCUAUAGAUCAUCAGAUGCCUGCUUUAUGAAAUAUGAACAAUAAACUCAACUUUCUCUUCUAGUCCUAUUCCAUGGAACUGAUACAUACAAUAUGCCUACACAAAUGGGGUGCUGAGGACUGUAGCAUAUAUGUGGAUAUGUAGAGGUAUGCCAGUACAAAGAACACUUCUUAAGGUUCAAAGCCUCAAUUCAAGUGACACAACAAUGAGAAACUCUGAUCUUAGCAAGAGUGAGUUUCUAAUGGUCUUUACCUCAUGGAUAUGCUGAGAACUGAUUCCUGUGCCUUACCCCUUUUCUAACACAUAUGGCUGGUGAACCUGCCCUUAUACCCUCUGAUCAGUCCUUUACCCCUCUAGAGACUAGAAGUGGCAAGUAUCAACAGGAACCUGCCUGGAGGGUUAACAGCACAGGGCUUUGCAAGAUUCCCUCUGGGCUUCGUUUUGGAAAUUUAUGGCUGUUUUCAUUAAGUGCUCAAAUAUGAUGGAGGGCGGAAGUCGUUUGAAUGUAUUUAUUAUUCUUUAAAUGAAAUAAUGGUGGUAGCACAUAAAAUAGAAAGUUUUCUCCUUGGUUUUAUUAAUAUCCUGAGUGUAGUUUCUGAAUAUGUAGUUCAAAUGGGCUAGUUUGAAAGGUAAAUGAAGUGAGGCAACUGGUGUCACACUGGUGGGUAAGGUCUGGGCCUCUCCUAUCUCUGUUCUCCUGACUUCCUCUGUGAGUUUCACCUUUAUAACAAACCCACUGAUGAGAUAAGGUCAUUAAUCCAUUCAGAAGUCCCACCUCUGAAUCUGCUACAUUAGGGAUUAAGUUUCCCAUACAUGAACUUUAAGGGACACACUGAAAUCAUUGCACUGGGCAAGUCACUUAACUCUAAUGUGCCUCACCUUUCCUGUUGUUCAAAUGGAGUAAUAAUACUGACCUACCUCUUAGGCAAUUUGACUAAAACUUUUUAUUAAGCCUUUGGGAUCCUGAGCAGAGAAAUUCUCAAGCCCUGCAGACUUUUAUAGUAGCAGUGUCCAGCAUGAAGUUGACAUGCACAUAUGUCCUGGAUGCCAUCAUUAGCCUACACAGUUCUCUCAAGAGACUGAAUGCAUCCAUUAGAGAAGUGGUAUAUUACUAGUGAGACAAAAUUGGAGAAUAUAUAAUCAUUGCCAGGAAAACAUACACAGGAUACAUUUUCCUUGCCUGGGUGGGUUUUUCUUCUUUUUUAUGUAGAGUAGUUAUUUGUAACAGAAGAAUAAUUUUUGGAAUAUCAACUCUGAAGUUAGUUGUACUGACCUGAGAUUGUGUUUGUUAUUAAUAAAAGUGAAGUGAAUCGGA